GUGAGUACGGUUACUAGUCGUUUCAAAAUAUUGGAUUGCUUUCUCCUACAAGAAGUGUCAUGAUACAUGUCACUGAUGGAAAAUAGCAUUCGAAAAUACUGUUUUUCGUAUUGAACAUAAAGUUCACACCCCCUUCGUUACAUAUAUUUGUGUGAUAGCCACUUAUUUGUUUUCUUUCACUCCCUCAUUGGACCUUUCGAAAAGCAGGUUUAGUUUGCUUUUAGUUAUGACGUCUCGGAAAAGAGGCAGAGACCCACCCGUACGUUAUGUUGUGGGAGCACCACCUAGCAAAAUGGGCCGGGGAGAAUUCUCAGAUCUUGAAGAUGCCUUACUUCUAGGUGCAUUAUUAAAGAAUGGUCCUCUCAACACCGCCAAACUUGUUGAAGCAGUCCCUACUAGAAAUGAGUAUCAGAUAAAACACAGAAUAGCUGCACUUCAAAAGAAGGCCCAACUAUCUCUUGUUUCUGUUCGUAAGGAGGCUAAAAAUGGAACAGUGAAAUAUGUACCUAGAGAAAGAGUUGCGCUGGAUCAAUGGAUAGAUCAUUUACUUGAACUUCAAGACAAGGCUCAAAUUGUUAAUGGCAAUCAAGAAGAGUUACCUGUACGAAUGCUUGCCCGGGCCUUUGGACUGAUUGCCGAGUACGAAGAGCAUCCCAACCCUAUGGAAUGUGGUGGAGUGAAUCUUAAGAAUAUCUAUGAAUUCCUUGAGACUAUGAUGAUGGGGUUGCCUUCUAAAGAUCUUAAUAAUGCAGAUGCUAGAUUCUUGAUUGAGAGUCUUCAGCGUCUGUCUAGUGUAUUGGACAGUGAAGAUAUUGAAGGUGAAAAAAGUUUUGUCAUGUGUGGUAAGACCCAGUGGCGCUCAAAGGGUGCAAGACCACGCACAUAUUCAAAAGCCCCUGCCACUAUAUCAUGUGAUUUAUUAGAUGAAACUCUUCAAUUUCUUGAUACCGACAAGUACAAUCCAUUUCAGGUUCCAUUAGAGAAGUUACACAAAAUUAUUGACCUACAGAAAAGUGACAAAUAAUGUAUUGUAUUUUCGAUGGAACUUGAAUUUUUUUGUUUUGAUGAGUGUAUAUUUUCUUAUGUCGUGUAAAGGAUAGGAUAGUAAAAAUAAAUUAAUUCGUUUUUCAAGUCAUA